GCUUCCAUAAACAGACGUCUGGUCGGCAAAGAGUUACGCACUGACGUCACUACGUCCGUACGUGCUAUGUCAUCGCCACCGGUGCACUUCCUUCAUCCGGGUAGUAGAUUUUGAGGUCUGUCCAUUUGUCAUCCCGAGAGACGUCCUCGUUCCGCAGUCUGUUGAGAUGGAGUGGCUCCGUGGCUGCAGUGGGAGGCUGCUGGUGCUGGUGCAGGUGCUGCUGUGGGGCUGGGUGAGGGGCUCCGAGCUCACCUUCGAGCUGCCCGACAACGCCAAGCAGUGUUUCUACGAGGACAUUACAAUAGGCACGAAGUGCACCCUCGAGUUUCAGGUCGUGACUGGAGGCCACUAUGACGUCGACUGUCGUCUGGAGGAUCCGGAUGGUACAGUUCUAUACAAAGAGAUGAAGAAGCAGUAUGACAGUUUUACAUUCACAGCUGCCAAAAAUGGCACCUACAAGUUCUGUUUCAGCAACGAAUUCUCCACCUUUACCCACAAGACUGUGUACUUUGACUUUCAAGUUGGUGAAGAUCCUCCACUUUUCCCCAAUGAAAACAGAGUGACAGCACUCACUCAGAUGGAAUCUGCAUGUGUCUCUAUCCACGAAGCCCUGAAGUCAGUGAUUGACUAUCAGACACACUUCCGUCUGAGGGAGGCUCAGGGCCGCAGCAGAGCAGAGGACCUCAACACCAGAGUGGCGUUCUGGUCCAUCGGCGAGGCUUUCAUCCUGCUGGUGGUCAGUAUCAGUCAGGUUGUUCUGCUGAGGAGCUUCUUUUCAGACAAGAAAACCACCACAACUCGUGUGGGAUCCUAACGUCCCCAGGUCAUCGUUAAUUUCGGUCUCUCUCUCUCUCUCACACACACACACAAGGGACUAAAGGCAUCCAUAGAUAUCGUGGUCUGUUGUCAAAUUUUAGGACUCCAUACACAAGAUUAUUUAAAGAUGUUAUUGUUUGGCCUCGCAUCUUUUAGCCCUAUGUAUUGAUUUAGGUUUCAUAUCCUUUGAGUGCUAUUUUCAAUGUUAAGAAGUAAACAUCUUAAUUUAUUAUGUGGGUGUGCAUUUAAUUUUUACACUGUUAGAAAACAUUUAAAGGUUUGUUUUGUUCAUUGGGUAAUUUGAGACCUACUUAACACACACUUUGCUCUUCAGAUGUUGUAAAAGAAAUUAUAAACUGCUCAUGGUGCAUGGUGCUCAAUCAGAUGUUAGCGGUAGGACUUCACAGUAUUAUUUAUGUCAAAAAAAAAUAUUGGCCACCAAUUACCCAAUAUGCUUCCAAAUGGUCAUUUAGAAGUAUAUUGGCUCUAUCAGAUGUGUGAAAAAAAAGAAGUAAUUUUAGUUUUAAGCUCAUUUGUGCUUCUCAUGUCUUUUGGUCUUUUGCUUUUUGUGAUUCCUUAUUGUUACCUUUGUGUAGUGGUGUAGGCACAUGUAUUCUUUUCUCCUUUGGUGCAGUCAUCUGCUUGCUGAUACUUAGCUGUUACAUUUUUGAAAGAUCCUCAGAGUCCAAAAAGUCAUUUUUUUUCUACAGCAAAAUAUGGAUAGCAGGCAUUUUUAAAAGAUAUAUAAUCUUGGAGAUUCAUAGCAAACAUAUACCUACAGGUGGUCAGAGUAUUCUCUUUAUUCAAUAUUAUUUUUUUCCCAUUUUCUGAUUGUGUUUUGAUGGUUGCGCCCAAAUAACAACCUUCAGUCAAUAUGCGGAGACACUCCAGAAGGUUUAGAAUUGAGUUUGAAUGACUGCGUGUAGAGGAUCUUAUAUUGCAGUGGUCUUUUUCUUGCUCAGGGAUUAAGCCUAAUCCUGGACUGCAUUUUCCUUUAAACAGAGUAUUUGCGUUCAGGAAGUUGUAUAGUCUAGGAUUAGGCUUAGUUUAGGCAGAAGACUACCUUGUCUUUAGUAACCUGACUCCAGUCUAAAAAGGAUUUCUCCAACCCACCCCUGUUCCUGGAGAACCGUCCUCCUGUGGGGUUCAGCUCCAUUCCUGGUUUAACAUGCCUUGCUCUUAGCAUUCAGAUGCUCUUGAAGACCCUAAUGAAGCAUGCCAGAUGAACUCCAGCAGAAGGGUAGUGUUCUUUGAAGAUUCCAGAGUUUAAUUUCAUUUGGGCUCCACAACCACAUCAUAGGCUGUGGAGUCUACAUAACAAUACGCAAAAUUGUCAGAGGCACUGGAUUUAUUUUUUGUGAGUGUGGUCAUUGGAUUUAAACAAAAAAUGAAAUUUCUUUCAGCCAAAGAUCACUAUUCUGUGAUUAGAGGAUUUCUUUGGUUUUAAUUUCAUAUAAUGUAGACAGGAAUGUGUGAAACACUACCACCAAGUAUAUGCUGAAAGGAAGCAAAUGCUUCACUAAGGUAAGGAAACAACAUUUCGUGCAUAGAUAAGUUUUUACUAAAUGUUUGCAAAAAAAUUACAAAUAUGUGAGUUGUAAGAAACCCCAGAGUUGCAGCAGAGCAGAACACCUCCACUUUUCAGUGGCAUUCUGGUGCCAUCAAGGAGGCUUUCAUUCUGCUGGUGGUCAGUAUGAGUAUGAAAGCCGUUAUUUUGGUAGUACGGGAAGGUACCGUUUCUUUUAGACAUGUCUGUCGGUAAGCAGCUGUUCAAGGAAAUUAAACCACCCCUUGCUCUUAUCAGAAUGCCUACAGCUUUCUACAGGGAAAGGGUGAUUAUCAACAAAAAAUGUUUGGGUUGAAUUAUCAAAUUUAAACUAUUAGCACAAAAGUUCCAAAAUGAUUUGUUGCAGAAGUUUUCUAUCUGUAGUGAUAUAAGGUUAAGUGUGGGUUAAGUAGUAUUCUUCAUACUGCAGAUUGUGUUGAGUAGUUUGUUGCUUUUCAUGAAACAGCUUUACAGAAGGUUGCUCUAAUUAUAAGUUCAUCUUUGGUCGUUAAAGUUUUUUUCCUGACAAUGUUCAUUGUACACUGGUUUAUUUUUGAGAAUCUCAUUGUACACUGAUUUAUUCAGACAUUAGCUUGUGAACAAGAGACCUUGUAUGCUUCUUCACAUCAACAGCCACUCUGUUGUAUGGCAGUGAUUUCUAGUGUACAGAAUCAAUAAAUCUGUGAUCCAUAUAA